AUGAGAAGUUCAACCGACUGUUUCUCCAUUGACAUUGAUUUGAUACCUUUAGGAGGAAAGGAAUGUAUAGUGAAAACAAGCAAAGGUUCUGUGUCUGUGCUUGUUUGUGGGGAUCGAGAUAAACCUGCUCUAAUAACUUACCCAGAUGUGGCUCUCAAUUAUGUGUCUUGUUUUCAGGGUCUGUUGUUUUGUCCAGAAGCAGCUUCUUUGAUGCUUCGUAACUUCUGUAUUUAUCACAUUGAUGCUCCAGGGCAUGAGAUAUUGCAGUUGGGAGCUGAUGUGAUUUCUUCGGAUGAACCGUUGCUUUGUGUGGAUGACCUAGCUGAUCAGGUUGCAGAAGUGCUUGAUUUUUUCGGGCUAAGAGAGGUUAUGUGCAUGGGUGUAACAGCUGGUGCUUACAUCCUCACACUAUUUGCUAUGAAAUACAAAGAACGAGUGCUUGGAUUGAUUCUUGUUUCACCGAUUUGUAAAGGACCUUCAUGGACUGAAUGGAUUUACAACAAGGUCUUGAUGAACUUAUUGUACUUCUAUGGUAUGUGCGGUUUACUGAAGGAAUGCCUCCUGCAACGUUACUUCAGUAAGGAGCUUAGAUGCAGUAUUGAGGGAUCAGAAUCAGAAGUAAUACUAACUUGCCGAAGACUUCUGGAUGAAAGGCAAAGUUUAAAUGUCAUGCGUUUUCUUCAAGCAGUUAAUGCAAGGCGCGACCUCAGUGAGGGACUAAAGAACUUGCAAUGCAAGACACUUAUAUUUGCAGGAGAGAGUAGUCCAUUCCAUGCCGAGUCUAUUCACAUGAGUACAAAAAUGGACAGCAAAAUCUGUGCACUUGUUGAGGUUGAGGCUUGUGGCUCACUAGUAACAGAAGAACACCCAAACUCCAUGAUAGUACCAAUUGAGUGUUUCUUAAUGGGUUUUGGCUUCCACAGACAACCACAUUUUGCUUCCUCGUCAAGCAACGGUUCAAGUCCAGCAAGCCCCUCUAAUCAUUCAAUCAUGUCACCAGAACUCCUCUCUCAAGAAAGUUUAGGAAUUAAGCUAAAGCCUAUCAGAACCCGUGUUCAUGUUGAAACCUGA